AUGGUAAGGGACUAUGGAGAAACCCUAUUGAAGUGUAAUCCGGAGUCAACAGUUAGAAUAGGGACUAUCCCCCAACCAGAUGGAAAUGUGAUCUUUCAGAGGAUGUAUGUAUGUCUUAGUGGGUGCAAGAAUGGUUUUAAGGCCGGGUGCAGGCGACUGAUUGGUUUAGAUGGUGCGUUCCUUAAAACUCAAACUGGAGGCCAGAUUCUAUCCGCUGUGGGACAGGACGCAAAUCAUCACAUCUAUGUUAUAGCAUGGGCAAUUGUGGAUGUCGAGAACACGGAGAACUGGAGGUGGUUUCUGGAGCUACUCCAUGAGGACCUUGGAGACUAUAAAGAAAACAAAUGGUGCUUCAUGAGCGACAUGCAGAAGGGCCUGCUUUCUGCAGUCCAGGAGGUCAUGCCUCAUGUCCACCAUAGGUUCUGCGUGUGGCACCUAUGGAGAAAUUUUAACAAGCAGUGGAAGGAUUUAGAGUUAAGGGGUUUACUUUGGGAAUGCGCACGAUCAACAACUUAUCAAGAUUUCUCUGACAAUAUGAAGAAGAUUAAGAAAAUUAAUGAAGAUGCGUGGAAUUACCUGAACAAGUGGCCUAUGGAGUCCUGGACAAAGUCAGCAUUUAGUCAUGCUCCUAAACUGGAUAAUAUCUGCAAUAACGCUUGCGAGGUCUUUAAUGCAAGAAUUAAGGAAGCAAGGGCCAAGCCAAUCAUCACGCUACUUGAGGAGGUCAGAAUGUUUGUUUUGAGAACAAUCGCUAAAAACAAAGUUAAGUUGGCUAAGCAUGUAGGAAAGCUACCACCAGUGGUUCAAAGUAGGUUGGACAAGAUCAGGAAGGAGUCUAAAAGUUGGAUGCCAAUCUGGACAGGGGAUGAUGAGUAUGAGAAGUUUGAAGUUCAUGGUCAUCCAACUAACAUGGUAGUGGAUUUGGGCAAGCGACUCUGCACAUGUCAAUUUUGGAUGCUAACAGGAAUGCCCUGUGUGCAUGCGUGUGCAGCCCUCGCAAGGGUGAAUAAGAGGCCUGAAGAUUUCUGCCAUAAGUGGCUCACCAUGGACGCAUAUAGAGACACCUAUGCACAUUACAUAAAUCCAUUGCCUGGACAAUCUCUUUGGGAAAAAUCUGACCAGAAUAGACCACAAGCUCCAAAGAAAAAGAAGAAGCCAGGACCAGUAACAAAGAAAAGGAGAAAGGAUGCAGAUGAGGGUAAUGAGGGAAGCAAGAAGUCUAAGGUAACUGGGACACUAAAGAGACAACUAAAACCGUUUACAUGCAAAUACUGUCUACAAAAGGGGCACACAAAGAGGGGUUGUCCAAAAAAGAGAGCAGCUGAUAUUACUCAAGCUCUUGCUGAUGCAGCUGCAGCUGCUGCUAAGACAAAGCCCACUGAACAAGCACAUACUGAAGCUCCUCCAGAUGCACCUGCUCCGGCUCCUCCAGAAGCACCAUCUCAAGCUGCUCCAGAAGCCCCUGCUCAGCCACCUGCACCAGUUGAGAUCGACCUCUCCCAGCAAAACUACUCCGAUGCACAACAGUCCCAACAUAGUCAAGAGGAUCCACCUGCGAGGCCAUCCAAGUUGCAGACAAGAAGGAGGUCCUCCACACCACCAUCAGGCUCGAUUACUGUAGAUCCACUACAAGGAGCAAGCUCAGCCACAUCUUCAAGACUGGCCAACUUCCUCAAAUUUGUCCCAACACCUGGCUUCAAGCCACCAAGGAAGAAGAAAUGA